UUAUGGAGGCAAUGGGAGUGUUGUUAGCCGUUGUUUUGGGAGCUUUGCCACUACUACUAUGGUGGUUGAAUGAGUUGUGGUAUGUUCUCCCUCUCAAACUUAGAGUAUCUAAUACAGGGACGAAGCUACCACCAGGUCACAUGGGCUUUCCCUUUUUUGGAGAGAUGCUCACCUUCCUUUGGUACUUCAAAGUUCUUCGUCGCCCUGAUGAUUUCAUCAACUAUAAGAGAUCCAAAUACGGUGAUGGAGUCGGAUUGUACAGAACUCACCUCUUCGGAUCUCCAUCCAUCAUUGCCUGUUUCCCAACAGUAAAUAAAUUUGUAUUGCAAUCGGAUGAUAAAUUCAUUUUGCAGUGGCCCAACUUGGAGGUUAUGGGCCGAAAUAGCCUAGUAGUAGUUCAUGGACAAGCCCAUGAAAGGCUUAGAAGUUUCGUGUCCAAUUCUAUCAAUCGGCCUGAUGCUCUUCAGCUCAUAGCUGCUUGUGUACAGCCUCGGUUGGUGUCUGCCCUCCACUCGUGGGCUCAACUUGGUAAAUUCAAAGCUUACAAGGAAAUCAAGAAGUUGACUUUGCAAAACAUUGGAAAAUUGUUCGCAUCCUUGGAACCAGGGCCUAUUCUAGAUUCCUUGGAUAAGUUGUAUGAUGGUAUGUUGAAGGGAAUUAGAGCCUACCCAUUGAACUUUCCUGGUACAGCUUCUCACCACGCUAUUCAGUGUAGGAAGAAGCUCGAGGCCAUUUUCAGAGUGGAGCUAGAGAAGAAGAAGAAGGAGGAGGUGCAAAGUAAUAGAGUUGGGACAACAAAUGAUCUAAUGGAUGGGUUGAUGCAGAUGAUAGAUGAGGAAGGCAACCAAUUGAGUGACCAAGAGGUGCUAGAUAACAUUAUCAGCCUUAUUAUUGGUGGGUAUGAAUCUACUACCCUUGCAUCAAUGUGGGCUAUUUAUUAUCUGGCCAAGUAUCCUGACGUCCUAGGAAAGCUGAGGGAGGAGAACUUGGCAAUGUGGAAGAAAAAGAAGGGGGAUUUCAUUACAAUUGAAGACGUUUCUGAACUCAAGUACACAAACAAGGUGGUGGAAGAAACAAUAAGAUCAGCCAAUGUUUCCGGAUUUAUUUUUAGAUUAGUGACAAAAGAAGUCGAGUAUAAGGGUUAUAGAAUCCCGAAGAACUGGAAAGUAAUUAUCUGGCUCAGAUACUUGCACACAAAUACUGAAAACUUUGAAGAUCCUCUUUGCUUUAACCCAGAGAGAUGGAAUGUACCCGCAAGGCCUGGAACUUACCUGGUUUUUGGUGGCGGGCCUAGAAUCUGUGCUGGAAACAUGCUUGCUAGGAUGCAACUUGCAAUUCUUCUGCAUCAUCUAUCUGUGGGAUACAAGUGGGAACUACUUAAUCCGGAUGCCAAGAUGAUUUAUUUACCUAAUCCUGCACCGGCUGAUGGAGCUGAGAUCGCAUUCAGCAAAAUUUAGGGAUACAUGUGAUCUCUUUGACUUUGUUGUUAAUUAAAUAAAAUAAUGACUAA